AAUUGAUUCUCUCUCCUCCACUGGGACCACUGAGCUAAGUUGCCAUGGAGAAAGGGGAGCCGCUGGCAGAGCUUGAGGCGGGUGGAGGAGCCAUAUGCCAGGGGAAGGCGUCAGCAGAGCCAAUCCCACAGUUCUGCUGUGGCAACCUCCCCAAACAGGCCUCGGCCUGCGCACCAAGGCAGGGUGGGGCAUGGCUGGACGGUGGGCGAAAACAGCCCUCCACUACAGCCACCCCGAGGAAAAGCACAGCCCAGGGAGCUUCCCUGACUCAGGCUGCUCAUCCACCCUACAGCUGGGACCCUGGACCUGCCUCUUCAUGCCUCGAACCUCAUGCUGCUCACUCAGCCCAAGGAAGGAGGGGAUGCCCACCCACAGGAAGGCUUCUGUGGUCCAGAGCCACCCAGGCAGGAAGCCAAGAUGGGAGGCUGCUGGGCACCUGCUGGUUAGAAAAGAGACCACCAUAUCAUGGGCACUCUGGACCAGGCCCACAUUGGGCUGUAUCUCCCACCUGCACACUACCAACCUCGCUGCAACUGCUGUGCAAACCCCACUCCAGGGCUGGCCCCUGGCUGCAGAGGCUGGGGGAGGAGAGGAGCCUGGGCUGGAGGCUUUUUUCUCCCUUCGGAGACCACAGGGCCAUUGCCAGUCUGGUCACAUCUCUGUGCUUUCAUUUCCUUGGUACAAACUGAGACAGGACCAUUUUCUCGACCAAGCUGCGCUCUGGGGCAUCGUGCUGCUGGCAGACGUAGGGAAGGCUGGGGCUGUGGACGCUGUGUCCUUCCAGAUCCAGUUGGAAGCACUGGGGCAGCAUCCAAUGCCCUGCCUCCCCUUGCGCACUUGGCUGGCAACCCUGGAGCCAACAGCACUGCUCCCAGGCCUGUUGCUCUUGAGGGAACAUCUGAGGCAGCCUGCCCCACCUUGCCUUCUGAAAGCCUGCAGCCAAGAAAACACUUCCACUUCCUAGCCCCACUCCAACGACUCAUUAUGAAAAUACCCCAGUAUAUGAACAGAUCGGGAAAAUGUUCUACGGAACACGAAGAUUUACUACCCAGAUUUCUGUGUCCUCUCACUUUUCUAUUGUUUAAAAAAAAAAAAAAGAACAAAAAAUAUACUGUUUUCAUCAAUGGAGAGCGUCCACUUUAGUACCAUGAAGUCUA